GGCCCCAGCACGGGCGCGAGCGCGCGCCCCCCUCCCACAGGGUGCCCGGCACUCGCCCCCGCUCCGGGCGCCUCUGAUUGGUCGUCGCCCUGGCCGGCAGGUGUCUGCAGGGGCUGCGUCCACGCUGGCCCUGGCUGCCUGCGGCGCGGGCGCCUCCCUCGCAGCCGCUGCCGCUGUCGCGCUCCCGCCUCCCGCGCCCGCUCUGGGCUCCCGCUGCGGCUACGCUUCUGGCGGCCGAGCCCCCGCAGCGCUGCAGCUCAGAUCUGGCGCGCCUACCGCCCCGUGCCCUGCCUUGCUGCGCGCUGCUUCCUAAUCCACGCGGCGCUUUGCGGCGGGUGCCCCAGGCUUCCCGAGGCGCGGUGGCCUGAGAGCGGCCGCCAUCGAUGACCCCUGCCGCCAUCGAUGACCCCGGUCACGGACCUGCUCCAGCCCGGCCAGCCCGUGUCUCGUUCCAUUGUCUGUGUUUGGUGUUAAAUCAUGGGGAGGAAGCUGGACCUGUCUGGUCUGACCGAUGAUGAAACAGAGCAUGUUCUCCAGGUGGUUCAGCGAGACUUCAAUCUCCGAAAAAAAGAGGAAGAGCGGCUCAGCGAGAUGAAGCAGAAGCUGGAUGAGGAAGGCAGCAAGUGCAGCAUCCUCUCCAAGCACCAGAAGUUCGUGGAGCACUGCUGUAUGCGCUGCUGCUCACCCUUCACCUUCCUUGUCAACACCAAGCGCCAGUGUGGGGACUGUAAGUUCAACGUCUGCAAGAGCUGCUGCUCCUACCAGAAGCACGAGAAGGUGUGGAUCUGCUGCGUCUGCCAGCAGGCGAGGGUUCUGAGGACCCAGUCUCUGGAAUGGUUCUACAAUAAUGUGAAGAGCCGCUUCAAACGCUUUGGCAGCGCCAAGGUCUUGAAGAACCUGUACAGGAAACACCGGCUGGAGAGCGGAGGGUGCUUUGACAUCCUAGGAGGAAGCUUUUUUGACGCAAACCUGGAGAAUGAAGGAAGUAUUUCAGGCAGUGACUCAACAUUUUAUAGGCAGUCAGAAGGACAUAGCAUGAUGGACACAUUGGCUGUCGCCCUACGGGUGGCUGAAGAGGCCAUCGAAGAAGCGAUCUCCAAAGCAGAAGCCUAUGGGGAUAGCCUGGACAAGCAGAAUGAGGCCAGUUACCUGCGGGACCACAGGGAGGAGCUGACUGAGGAACUGGCCACAACCAUCCUGCAGAAGAUCAUAAGAAAACAGAAGAGCAAAAGUGAGCAGCACGUGGAAGAGGAGCCGGAGUGGCCACAGCACCAGAGUUGCAGUGCGAAGGCAGCCGACGAGGGGACCACAGCCUCCCCAGGAGGCCGCCGCGCCUCCACCACCUUCUGGCGGUCACAGUCUGCGUUCCCACUCAGCAGAGAAGAUGCCCUGAGGACCUCUUCGCUGGAGGCUGCAUCGAGGCAGCCGAGGGACCAGCAGCUGAGGGAGGAGGAGGCAUUGCCCAGCUGGAAGAGCGUGGACAGGCUGGAUGAGACAAAUGUGGCCCCAGUUUUGCAGAGCCCUGACGGGAACUGGAUGGCCCUGAAGGAUGGGGCUCUGCCCCCAACCCGCCUGCUGGCCAAACCUAAGAGUGGCACGUUUCAGGCCCUGGAGGCGGCCUCCAGCGUGGCGUCCGCCUACGAUGAGAUGGGCUCUGACAGCGAGGAGGACUUUGACUGGAAGGAGGCCUUGAGCACGCUGUGCCCACAGCCCCAGAGCCUGCCCAGGAACCCCCAGCCUCAGCCCACGCAAGCCCAGGGCUCAGACCAAGGCUCCUCCGCCUACUCUGGGCUCUCCCCCAACCCCGAGGCCAUGUGCUCUGACUCAGAAACCUCCUCGGCAGGCUCUUCCCGGGAAGCUGGGCACCGGGCCGGGCUGUCCUGGUUGCAGAGGAAGGCCCCCAGGAAUCCCUCAGCCGAGAAGAUGCGCCUACAGGGAGAGCUAGACGUGAACUUCAACCCCCAGGCAGCCAGCAGGGAGACCUCAGACAGCAGCGAGCCUGAGGAGGCCCCCCACCCCGCAGAUCGGAGGGCCAGGAGGUGGAGAAGGGCCCGGGUGGGCUCGGAGGAGCCAAGCAAGGAAUUGUCUUUCCCCAGCGGCCAUCCCCCGGAGCUGGACACACAUCAGGUGUCUGGUGAUUUAUCAAAGACUGACACCUGCAAUGAGGCUCGGCACCCACAGGCCGGCACAGACGCUGCAGAAGAGAAACGGACAAACAGGCUGUACGAGUUGGCAAUGAAAAUGAGUGAGAAGGAAACUUCCUCUGGGGAGGAUCAGGAGUCCGAGCCCAAGACAGAGUCUGAGAACCAGAAGGAAAGUCUGUCCUCUGAAGACAACAGCCAGAGUGUCCAGGAAGAGCUGAAGAAGAAGUAUUCUGCUGUUUCUCUCUGCAACAUCUCCACAGAAGUCCUGAAAGUCAUCAACGCCACGGAGGAGUUGAUAGCAGAGUCUACAGGGCCCUGGGAGUUCCCACCUGUCCCUCCUGACAGAGAGAAAGGGACGUUUCCUCUUGGAACAGACCAAGUGAGACUGGAUGAGCAGCUGACUUCCCUGGAAGAAAAUGUGUACCUGGCGGCAGGUACCGUGUAUGGACUUGAAGGCCAGCUGAGUGAGCUAGAGGAUGCUGCCCGCUGCAUCCACAGUGGCACUGAUGAGACUGAACUGGCAGAUCUGGAGGACCAAGUAGCCACGGCAGCAGCCCGGGUCCACCAUGCUGAGAUCCAGAUUUCUGAUAUUGAGAGCCGGAUUUCAGCCCUGACCAUUGCAGGAUUAAACAUAGCACCCUGUGGGCGCCUCACAAGAAAACGAGAUCAGAAGCAAAGGAACCAGGUACAAACCAUAGACACAUCAAGGCAGCAGAGGAGGAAACUCCCUGCUCCACCGGUGAAAGCUGAAAAAAUUGAGGCAUCUUCAGCGACCACCAUUAAAACAUUUAACCGCAACUUCAUUCUCCAAGACUCCUCGACAAACAGGACUAAAGAAAGGAAAAGCACUACCAAGGAUUUGAUAGAGCCCACCCUGGAGUCUGCUGUGAGGUAUUAGCACCAUGGAACUCCACUGCCAGUGACCCACUGCCUCCGGCCGUACACGACAGUGCCUUGACCCAACAGCCAUCGAAUACUGUACGGAUUUCCACCUGAGGAGAGGGCGUGGGGAGGCCACAGUGCACCCCUGCACAGGGCUGUCCUGAUGCCUCAGCCAGAAAGCAGACCCAGACUUCAGCAUCAAGGUCUUGCCUACUCUCUGCCUUAGGCUCCCAGGAGAAUCCAAGACAGAAAACCAAGACGCUGGCUUCCAACAGUAGAGCUCCAGUUCAAAAGAUGCAUCUUUUCCCUGUUUGCUUUGCUACUGCGUGUUGUCUUUAAGACCUUUUUUUUUUUCCUUUUUUAAUCCCUUUGAAUCAACUAGUAUUACAUGUCAACAAUUUAUCCCAAAAUAUAUUGUUGGGGUCGGGGGAUAGUGGAGUGAAGGGUAUUAACAUUUAACUCAUCAGUUCUUAUUAAUCUCUCACAAGCAUCUUUGUCCUACAAAUGCUAAGGAGAAAAGUGAAAACCCCUGUAGUGAGCACUAGGGGCUGUCUAACUUGGGGAGCCCUCAACUCUCAAGGUGUCCCUCCAGCCACCUCCUUCCUGCUGGCUCCUAGCCCACCACACCACCAGUUCCUCCCAUUGCUUUGCAGUCACAAGCCACAGGACCGAAAGCUCUGACUCACCCAUGCUGGCCCACAUCUAUCUGAAACAAUGUCUCAUCGAGAAUUCAGGGUUCUUCCUUGGACUCGCUGAGAGUUUCCUCGCUCUGAAGGGGGGAGAGGCUUGCAAAAGCCCACCACUGGCUUAACUUUAGCACUCUGUCUAGAAUCAAUAAGGUGUGGUUUAGCACUGACUGCAUCUAAAUGAGGUUUAGGUAACUGGAUUAUUGCAGGAUAUAGCCACACAAGGAAACGCCGUCCUCCAAAAUUUAUUUCCCAAUAAAUAUUCAGCAGAAGUAGUAAAAUGACCUUAAAGAUAAAAAUGGUUAAGACCUGAGAAAACUUGCAUGUCUGAAUAAAGCAAGGACAAAUUGAAUUCAACAGACGCAAGAGCUGACACUAACUCCACGUGUGUGGUAGCACAUGCAUGACUAUUUACAGUGUAUUUAUAAAAGCAAAUGGAACUGGAAUUUCACUCAAUUAAUUAAGCAUUAGCAACUUUUAAAAAAUUUGCUCCUGAUAAAUUCUGAAUCUGAGGAAGAAGGCAAAACAUGGGAGGCAAGGGAAUAGCAUGACUGACGUAUAUUAAGUGACUGCUCUGAAGGAGGCAAUGUUAUUCUCAUUUUAAUCCUAAUAGCAACCCUAUUCAGUAGGUAUCCCCACUUUUCAGAUUUGGAGACUGAGGGCCAGAGUGAUUAAUUUGCCAAAGUCAGACCUUUAAGCUAAUUAUAACUCGAAUGCCUGACAAAGCCUCAUUCUGUGUUGUUUUCCACUUCUACUAUCUUUUGCUGCUGUGCACAUUUCCAGACCUGACUUGCGGCUGAAAUGUGUGUUAUGAUCCAUUCCUGAUGGGGGUCUACCUAUCUUCUGGUAAUACUCCUUGCUGAUGCUGUGUAUGUGUUAUCCAACAGAAAUGACUCCUUUGAAAUAAAGUAAAUCUUUGGCUUUUUGUUCUGUUGGUGUUACUAAAAGCAAACAAAUACAAAAUUUAAAAACACAACAAAAAGAUCUGAGUUCCAAAUAGAGCGUUUUCUUUAAGAGGCAUGAAAAGCAACUAUUGUUGUGUUACAGUGUUAAAAUACUCAGUUUUCUUUGACAAAAAUGUGUACUGUGUAAGCCUUGCAAAAAAACAAAAAGAAGAAGAAGCCUGCUCUAUGGCAUUUGAAUUUUUAUAAAGGUUUCCUUGUGCCAAAUAAGUGCAAAGAUUUAAUUUACUAUUAAAAUCCAUAAGCAUAUGUUAUAGUUCCAGAUGAAUUAUUUUGUCAUCAAGUGACUUUGAUCUUCAGUGUCAAUAUUUAUAUUUAGAUUAAUUUUUAUAAAUGAAAAUAUUUUAAUGGUUUGAGAAAAUGAGGCCAAUAGGACCAUAUCUUUGAUGACUUCUGAAAGUAUGCUUGCCUUCAUGUUAUAUGCACAUUGCCAAGAAUUACUGUCAAGACAAAUGAUAAAGAAGUAAAAGUCAUUUACGGAAAUAA